ACCGUCUCUUCACGAGUCUGCUGCCUCCGAAGACAACGCCCUUCAGCCAGAAGCCAUGUUCAAGUUGGCCGCGAUUCUGCUGCUAAGCGCCGCUGUCAUCUGCACGCAGAUGCCGGACAUAUUUGAAGGCUGCAUACCGUAUCGCCCUCACCAUGAGGAGCCGACCAAGUGCACUUUUGCACACCCGCGCGACCUUCGGGGCAACAGCAGCUUUGUCUACUUUGCACACGAAGCUCUAAAGCAAGGCAGAAGCCAACCGAGCAGCGGCAACCUCAACACGCUGCUUCUAAUCACUCGUGGAGCAUAUCAGAACUACAGGGAUCUGUCGAAGGAAUUCGUCCUCCGAGUGGAAUUCCUAACCACUCCAAGCAACUGCGUCAUCCCACGCGACUACUCCGUUAAAGAGUGCCUGCCAAUUGACUACCAGGCAAAUGGGCUGUGCCAGGCAAAAUUCAAAUACUUUCAAGGCACUACUAUGCUCCAGACCGCUUGGUGCAACCCACUCAUGUAGGCUGACAUGCUGCCAAGCAAGAUUCCGCUUUUGUGGCCCCUGAAGUGCGAAAGCGCCAGGCGCGAGCCGCAGACUUAGG